GUGUUUCUCUCAAUCAACAACUUGUUGGAACUUUUCAUUUUCUUCUCUUUCUUUUUCUCUUUCUAUUUACCAUUAUCUUCGUUAUCUCUUCCCCAACGGAACAUUAAGUCUUCAUCUUUACUUUUUCAUCUUUUUUUAUUCUUUUCCUUUUCUUUUUAUCGUAAUAGUGAAACAAAAACAAAAUCAAAGGAAAAACUUUACAUAGAUUUUUUGCUGAUUUCCAUGUUCCAUUAUUGUUGGAAUAAUAUGAAACUCGUUAAUUUAAUUGUAUCAUCAUCUCUUCAAUAAUCUAUUCACAUAAACGUUUUUCGUUCUCACAAAUUUGGAUUAUACUUCACAUUGAGAUCGAAAGUUUUACUAAUCAGUGACCUCUUUCUGUCUCUUUGUUUCCAUCAAAUUGGUGUAGAUUUGACACUUUUGUAAAACUACCUGUUAAUUGGUUUUCUUUUCAUCGACAAUCAUCUACAGUUAAUUUUAAAUUUGGUUUCUAUUUUCUGGCAAGUGUGAUGCCUCUUCCUUGGAAAUGUUUCCGUUCAAAGAAUCCACAAAGAAGAGCCAGUAAAGAGAUUGACAAACUGAUUGGAACUUGGAUGAAAUGUUACAAAAAAUCAAUCAAAUUGCUCCUUUUAGGAGCCGGUGAAAGUGGUAAGACAACCAUCUUGAAACAAAUGAAGAUCCUCCAUAUUGAAGGUUUCACCGAGGAAGAAAGGAAGGAGAAGGCUCAAUGGAUAAGGAGAAAUCUUUUAGAAGCGAUGAAAGAAAUGUCAGAAGCCAUGGAGCAAUUAAAUCCACCAAUUGAACUAAUCAACAGUGAAAACAAGGAGAGCUUUGAAUAUGUUAAAUCAAUGGAAUUACCUGAGGAUGAUUAUAAUUAUGAUGAACGAUUUUACAAUCACAUUAAAUCACUUUGGUUUGAUGAAGGUGUUCAACAAUGUUUUAACCGAUCCAAUGAGUAUUCACUAAUUGACAGUGCCAAAUACUUUCUAGAUAAAAUUGAUAUUAUUUCAUCUCCUGAUUAUAUUCCAGAUGAUCAAGAUAUUUUAAGAUGUCGCAGGAGAACCAGUGAUAUUCAAAAGAUUGAAUUUGAGGUUAAGGUUCCUCUUAAAUAUGGCGGCGGAGCUCAAUUGUUUUGGAUGUUUGAUGUUGGUGGACAAAGAGGUGAACGGCGAAAAUGGAUUCAAGUAUUUGACGGAAUUACUGCUGUUCUAUUUAUUGUGGCAACCUCAGAAUUUGACCAGAAACUUCGUGAAGACAAGACAACGAAUAGAUUAAGAGAAGCAUUAACUUUGUUCGAGGAGGUUUGGAGUAGUCGAUUCCUUCGAGACUCUGGAUUCAUCGUCUUCCUAAACAAACAAGAUCUUCUCCGGGAAAAGAUUAACAAGGGCCUCAAAUUGCAAGAUUAUUUUCCCGAAUUCGACACCUACAAUGGAACUGUUCCUUUCGAUGAACCUGAUUAUGAAUAUAGACGAGCUCGAGCCUUCAUCAAAGAUAAAUUUGUCUCCAUAACGAAAAAGUCUAUCGACGAGGGAGAAAAAACUUCCAGCGAUUACAUAAGUUACGAUACUUUAGAAAAUCGAGGUCGGGAAUGUUUCUAUCAUUUAACAACCGCAACGGAUACGGAUAACAUUAGUAAAGUUUUCCAAGAUAUUCAUACGAUGAUAAUCAUUUGGAAUCUAAAGAAAAUCUCAAUAACAUAAAAGUGCACCCGUUUGCCAUAUAAAUACAUUAUACCGAGUUUUAUGCAUACAAAUUAUACAUAAAAAUUUUCUUUGUAUAUUAAUUAUCCUGUUGAAAGAAAGUUAAUUGGAAAUUACCUGUUUCUUUAACGUGUGAGAUGAAAUAACCAAAUCAUAAUCAGAACUAAAGAGACUUGACUUAGGAGCAAUUUGUUAUAACGUAAACAAAUUAAAAUGAUGGUGUAAUCAUUUUAUAUUACAUUUUUCAUUUCAACAAUCAGUUAAAUAAUUGUUUUUUUUGUUUCAAUAUAAUGUAAUAAUAUAAUGUGAUAUAAUAUAAUAAUACAAUCUAACAAUGAUGCAUUUGUUUUUCGAUAGCAAUUUGUUUCUCUAAAAAAUUAAACAACUCAACAAUUUAAAUGUGUAAUGUUGACACAAAAAAGCUAUUUGAUUGCCCGCUCUACGCUUUUUAUGCAAUUAAAUUGAUGAUUAUUGUUGAGUUAAACUCCUUUUCAAGUUGAUUGUGUUGAUGGCUGGAGAUGAUGAUCGUGAAGAUGAACAUUUGAUAAGAGAGGGAGAGGGAGAAGACAGAGAGGGUGAUAAGUGGAUAAGAUUUAAAAAUGAUAAGGAGUAAUUGUAACAGUCUAAUAGAUGAAAAUAAACUCAGCAAUUAGAGAAUCUAUUUAAAUCUGAUUAAGCAGAGACGCGGAGGUAAAAAGAGAGGGAGGGGAAGAAGAAGAAAUUGAAAGUGGUCGAUAACAGGAAAGGUGAAAGAGAGAGAGAGAGAGAGAGAGAGAGAGAGAGAGAGAGAGAGAGAGAGAGAGAGAGAGAGAGAGAGAGAGUAAACAA